UUGAACAGCGGGCCGGCCGGUGGAUGACGCGCGGCGCCUGCGGCUCAGAGCGCCUCCCCCCUCGGUUUCCCGAACCCUGCCAGGUCCGACCCGAGGGGGAGGAUGGACACUCCAGCUGCGUUCUGAGCCUGCGCAGAAAAUAACACCCUUGCGGCCACAACACCCCACCGUCCUACCCAGGCCACCCCCUCGUCCCUUCUACCACUUGAUCUCCCGGAGUCGGAGGCGCGGAAAAGCGCGCGAUGGCGGACAACGUGAAGAAGCUGGCCAAAAGCGAAUCUUUUCGAGGGCUGCAGGAUAGAGUCUCCUUUUGGGUGCAGGACUACAACACAAACUCCUGUGACGAAAACCUAAAUUACUGCAUCGGACUCAUCGAACAAGUGGCCAAAGUGCAGGCGCAACUCUUCGGGAUCCUCACACUGACAGCCCAAGAAGGAGGACAUAAUGAGGGUGUGGCAACGAUCAAGAGUCGCCUUUUGCCUUUGCUGGAGACAUCUUUCAGCUCUGUAAACGUGGGAAAACUUACGGACAACAAGGUCGCCAUCGCGCAGGACACGUAUUUUAGAGACAAAACGAGAGAAGCUAGUUUUCAGGAUCAGGACCAAGAGCAAUUAGACAUUGAAUCCAGCCCCGACAGUCAACAAAACCAGGUUCAAGACGAUCUGGCUGACACUGGAAAGAGUCUUGAAGGAACCAAGAACAGAACAACCAUAUCCCUCAUGGCUGCAGAGGAGGAGAUAAAUCAGCUAAAAAAGCAACUGAAGUCACUUCAAGCCCAGGAAGACGCUCGUCACAGAAACUCAGAGAGUCGGCGCUCGGAGGCUUCAAGAUCUGAACGUCGAGCUUCAAGCAAACGGGGCUCAGAAGCACGGGGCUCAGAAGGGCGGGCCUCAGAACCACGGGGCUCAGAAGCACGGGCCUCAGACAUACGGGGCUUAGAACCAAGGGGCCAAGAGGUGAUGUUCGACUAUGAGAAACAUCUCCAAAAUCUGAAGGAUGAGAUAGCUGUGUUGUCUGCUGAAAAAUCCGGUCUCCAGGGAAGGUCAGUGAGGAGCCGGUCUCCUAGCCCUACCUGCUGUAGCCCUAGCCGCAGCCGCAGCCGCAGCCACAGCCGCAGCCGCAGCCGCAGCAGGUCCAACAGCCCCUGCACCGCAAUGGCCAAGGUCAGAAGCCCGUCCCCAAACCGGUCCAAAAUGUCCAGCGUGGCUCGAAAAGCGGCUCUCCUGUCCCGAUUCAGUGAUGCCUAUUCCCAGGCCCGUCUGGACGCACAGUGCUUGCUGCGGCGUUGCAUCGACAGGGCGGAGACGGUGCAGCGGAUUAUUUACAUCGCCACAGUGGAGGCGUUUCAUGUAGCUAAAAUGGCGUUCAGGCAUUUCAAGAUCCGGGUGAGGAAGAUGCUCACACCGUCACACGUGACGUCAAAUGACUUCGAGUGCGCAGUCUUGGACUAUAUCAUUUGUCAUCUUGAUCUCUAUGACGCUCAGAGCAGUGUUAAUGAUGUGAUCCGUGCCAUGAACGUCAACCCCAAGAUCUCAUUCCCUCCUGAAGUUGACUUCUGUGUCCUCAGUGACUUCAUCCAGGAGAUAUGCUGUAUUGCCUUUGCAAUGCAGUCCUUGGAUCCACCGCUAGAUAUUGCAUUUGGGGCCGACGGAGAAGUCUUUAAUGAUUGCAAGUACCGCCGCAGCUAUGACUCGGAUUUCACUGCCCCCUUGGUCUUUUAUCACGUGUGGCCUGCUCUCAUGGAGAAUGACUGUGUCAUCAUGAAGGGAGAAGCUGUCACCAAGAGAGGGGCUUUUUGGAGUUCUGUGCGACCUGUAGCUCGCUGCCGCAGCAGGAGUUUAAGCCCCGUCUGCCCUCGUAACCGCAUUGGAUUAAGCACGAUGUCUCGAAGUCGGAGUCCUUCUCCAAUAAGAUGUACAUUGCCAAGAUAUUAAAACCACCAGCCACGUUCGUUUGCCACAGUCCAUUGGAACAGCCAACCUCCUCAGUGCCUCCAGCCACCUGCCUUGUCUGCCUCCGACCUCACUUAACAUGAAAUGAAAAGGCAAUUCUGUGCGUCACUCCGCACAGAGAGUUUAAUGCUUUGGCUCAGCGCCUUUGUCACUCUAGGUCCAUAGCAGGUCCUUUCAUUUCAUAGGAGCGAAUUCCAUUAAUCUCAUAAAACAAUUAUAGGCAUAUAGGAUCAUAUUCAUUAGAACAAAGUCCAUUACAAAGGUAAGGACUUCCCUCCCCAAGUACGGGGCUCUUUCAGAGCCCACUCUAAGAGUAACAGCAGAAGUCACUGUCCAGCUGAAUCCCAAAGGAAGGACGAGCGAUUUCAUUUACAGAGUAGUCAAAAAUCCUCUCGUUGCUAGCAUCAGCUUUCUGCUCCCUGAAACCACAGUUUCAGUGUUCUGAUCCCCUCUCAAGGAUUCCAAGAUAUCUAUAGUCUCAGGUUGGGAAACUCAUUCCGGUAACACUCACUUUAGGGAAAAUGUAGACAAUAAGAAUAUAUUCGUUUUAAAAGAUAGAGCAAUUAGCUUGCUUCUCUCUCUGUACUUUGGCUGAAUGGCAAAGCUACUGGGUUUUCUCUUUCCUCCUUUCUUUCUUCCUUCAUUUCUUCGUUCGUUCCUUCCUUCCUUUUCUUUCUCUUUUUGUAUACAGGUGCCAUUUAAUCAGCUCAGAUCUGGAAGCUUUAGCAUCAAGGGUCUGAGAACUAACUCUCCCAUAUUCCCCCCUUUACACGUUUUCUUGCAAGAUAUACAAUCAAACAACAAACUUAAUCAACUAGCAAUUAACAAUCAAUUAACAACCAAGCUUAACCAACUGAUGAAUUAAACUGCAUAUAUACCGGCAACUUAUUGCAGAUAGAUUAAUGUUGAGUGAUAAAAGAUGCCCCGGAACUGGUCCGCGUGAGAGGGCUUCCUAUAGAGCAGACCUGUGUCUACACAUCAGUGUGAGAUCAGUGUUCUUCUCAUCCCUGGGACUGUCAACAUUUUCAUGCGUGUGUGAAAUAUCAAGCUCACCUCCCACUUUCUUCUCUAGUUGUAAAUGAAGACCUCCCAUGAAAGCCCUCUGACCAGUGUACACUCAUUCAGGGCCCCAAGUGAGGGGCUCGAUCUACUGAUUUUAAGUCAAGUUUAUCUCUUUUGAUUGCUUCACUGCUCUGUGUUUGAGAGCAUCUAGUCAAGGUAGGAACGGGCGAUUACUCUCUCCAGGUAAACACGGGUACCUUGCUUUUUUUGAUUUCCCUUUCGCACAGGCCACAGGCUUGUCACUAUGAGGUCCGAGUGCAAAGCGGCAUCUGAUGCUUUUUGGUGGGGGUGAACAAAAGCAAACCUCUCUGAGCAUCUUGUGGCUAUGGGUGGGAGUAGACCCCCCCACCCCUGGUCUUUGUUCCCUGAAUCUUAUGAUCCGCAACUCAUUCUGAGGUGUGAAUUUCUUCCUCUUUGUGGCUUUACUUUUUUGGCCAUGGUCUCGCUGAUGCCAGGACUUGUUCUGAAAGGAACACUAUGUGCCAUGGUGGUGUGUGAUUGCCUCCUGACCAUUAGCUUGCUGUGUAGCCUUCAGCAAGUCCCUUGACCUCUCUGAGCCUCAGUUUCAUUACAGAAUGAGCAGAUUGGAUGAAAAUGAGAGUUCUCUUAAUACAAACAGGCUCCUCUGGAUAGCCUGGAAUAAAGGCUAAAGUUAGUGCAACCUGUAUGGCCAUAUGGAUGUAAUAAAGGACAUAAUAUACUGACUAUAAACAACUUUUAAUAAAAGCUUUCAGUAAACAAUGGGCAAGGGCCAUCCUUGAAGAUAAAAAGUAAAGCUCUAAGUGCUGAGUUUUCCCAGCCUCCAUCUGUGACAUCACUAGCUAUGACGACACCUCAGUACCAGGAGGCAUCUUGGCACUUGGAGGUGACUUUCUGAAGUGGUGAGCUAUUUUUUAUUACAUUUCAGUCAAAAGCCAGGCUUAUCCAACUUAGGCAGCUACAGCCUCCCUGAACAACCAAUUGCGUGCUAAAAAUGUACAAUAACUUGUGUUAUGUGACAAAAGGUCUUUCUUAAAAUCUUACUAAGCAUUGAGAAGGCCCCUGCAUCUUAAGUUUUUUUUCUCUUUACCCCAAAGCCACAUGUGCCAUCUAACUUGGAAAAAGCAGUCCAGUUAUUUGCUCUCAAUUCUGUUGAGCCACCUGCCAUUUCUCAGGUUUCUAAUCUGAGCUAUAGCCAUGCAGAGAAAGUCAAAAGUAUCUUUGGAAGGCAUCCGUGAACCCAGAGGAGCUGGCCUGUCCUCAUGGCAUCUGGGUGUUGGAGGCUGGAAAGCUCUUGUUUGGCACUCUGGGGCAAUGUGAGUGUCUGUGUUAUUGCUCAGCGUCUUGUGAUAAAACCACAGUAGUGCGCUGUACUCUGACAUGGCUUCCCUCCAGAUUCUCAGGCUCCCCCCACCUCCACUAACCCACAAAAGUGAACCACGAUCACAUAUUCAUCAAGUAAAUACUGACUACAGCCUGCCCCAGGUUG